CACCCAUACCUCGGGCACCACCCCAACAAUCGCCGACUAUUUUGUCGAGUCGCCUUGACUCAAGCACCGUUUUCCGCUUCGCGCCACACUGCCGCGGAACGCGCCAAUUCCGCCGUAGCUCCGCUCCCCGGCGCGCGGCAUUUCCCCGCGAAGCACGCAAUUUCCCGCAGAGCGCGCGUCUCUCAGCUCGCAACUCCCUGCAGCUCCUGUUAGCGGCGCAUCCAGUUCCGCGCAGCCAGUCCGCCCCACUCCCGCCGGCGACCCGCUGCCCUCACCGGUCUACUCCUGACACAGUGGACUCUCCCACGCCUCUCCUACCCACCUGCCAUCACAGCAGCCCUGCAAGCUCCAAGCCCGCUUCCUCUUCGCCCCUUCCCCUCCCCCCCGCAUGUGUGUCACCGGGUUCUUCCUGCCACCUCUCCAGUCGCUCAGCCAAGCCAUACGCGCACCAUCCCAAACCACGAGUCAAAGCCUCCCUUUGACAAGUCUCAAGAUGCUCCAGCCAUGAUCCAGCCAUGAUCCAGACCCGUCAGUCAGACAACCCUCUUUGAGCCCCCCCAACCGUCACCCGGGCUUCCUCCAUCGCCACUAUUCUCUGAGACCUCUCCAGAAAUGCGCCACCAGUGGACGGGCGCUCUGCUGCUCCUAGGAGGCUGCAAGCAGCACAGCAGUUCCGCUUGAGGGGCCCAACCCAACCAACCCGGUGCGCAGACUGCAUUCACUGGAGUGGCAGCCGCAUGCCAUGGCAACGCGGUCGCAAGACACACCGCAAGCGCGCUCACGGCGAGGGGAAUAGGCGCAGCGGAAAUGCAGGCCGUGAGGAGUGACCGGCACGCACUGCGUGCAGCACAGGUUUCACGGCAUCUGAGGGAGCAGCAGCUGGGUGCGCGCCUGUGGCCCGACAAGUGUGGGGGUUUGUGUUGGCGGAGCCGCAGAAGCAGAGUGCCCAUGCUGCCUGGGGCGUGUGGAGGUUGGCCCCCGCAGCAUGCACGGCCGCCACCACGCCAUGUCACUUGCACGGUGUGGGUGCUGCAGCUCACUCGCAUGCUACUCGUUGCAUUCUUCCUCGCCUGCGUCAUCGCCACACAUGGUUUGGCCUUUGACCACAGCAGCCUCAGAGACUGUGCCAACAUCAUGGCCGCAGGAGUGGCUCUCACCCCCAUCACCAGCACGCUUGGUUCAGAUGCCACCUCCACCUCUUCUGACUCAAAUACAACCUCCACCUCUUCCCUCUCGGACAAAACCACUUUGAACUCCACCUCCCCUGAUGGAGAUAGUACCUCCCCUGACUCCUCUACCAGCAGCAGCAGCAGGACGGGCGAGUGGGGCCACCACCUGCGGUACGAGCGGCGGGGCGGGGAGUGCUGGAGCCGAGCAGAGAUGGCGUGCUACGCGGGGCACAGGCGCGUGGGAGCCGAUGGAACGCAUGGCUCGGGAACACCCAGAGAGCAGCUGGUGUCGGAGCAUCUGGCAAUGAAGCUGCAGCAGUACCACACGUACCGCCGCGAGUGCCUGCACAAGGAGCCCCCGGACCAGCUGCGCUCCACGCUGCUGGCCGGGCGCCCCACGAUCUGCCGCUACCUGGUGUUCUACCACAGCUCCGACGGGCAGGGCAACCGCGCGCUCUCCCUGGUGUCGGCCUUGGCGUACGCGCUGCUCACCGACCGCAUCUUCCUGCUCAGCUCCAACAGCGGCCCCGCUGCCGUCUUCUGCGAGCCCUUCCAGCACGGCGCCUCCUGGGUGCUGUUUGGCAGGGCGGACAAGCGGGAGGAGCAUCAUGCGCAGAUGCUGGGGCUGAAGGUGGCCAGGGAGUGGCGCAAGGUGAGGGAGGGGCGGGCGAAGCCGGCUAAGCGGGGAGGUGGGCGGAGAAGGCUGGUGACAUGGCAGCAGCAAGGGCGGUGGCAGAGAGGCAGAGGCACGAGGUGGAUGCGGCAGGAGGAGAUGGAAGAGGCGACGGCAGAGCUGUGGGAAGGGCAGCAGCGAGAGCAACAUCCGACGCAGCGGCGUCUGCUGCAGGUUCUAAGCCCAAACACAUCCGCAGCACCAGACGCAGCACCAGAUCCUGCACCCAAUCCCUCUCUGCCCCCCACCUCUCCUGUCCCUCCUCCUCCCACCUCCCUAUCACCUCCAACUCCACCACCGCCACCAGCUGCAUUGCUGCCAGCAGCACCACCCCCACCCCCAGCAGCGCCACCACCCCCUCCUGCCCCACCAGCAUCAACUGCACCAUCUGCUCCAGCCCCGCCUUCACACCUAGUCCCACCGCCACCUCUCACCCCAGCAUUUCAACCCCCGCCCUUCCCCACCCCAGCACCAGCGCCACCACCGCCAGCAGCACCAGCACCCCCACCCCCUCCCCCACCCCCUCCUCCACCACCGCUGCAACCUACAUCUGGGACCCCAGCAGACGAGGAGGAAGAAAUCCCACCAAUUCUGAGGAUCGACCUGCUCCACAGGACCUCUCCCUCCGGCUUCCUCUUCUUCUGUGCUUGCGAGCAGCGCUGGCUCGCCCGCACACCCACGCUGCUGCUCUCCUCCAACCAGUACUUCCUCCCCGCCCUCUACCUCCUCCCCUCCUUCCGCCGCCUCCUCCUCCUCCUCUUCCCCGCCCACCUUCCCUUCCGCUCGCUCUCCCGCCUCCUCCUCUUCCCCCGCAACCGCAUCUGGGCGCACCUCACCCACCGCUACCACACCCUCAUUGCCCCGGCUCCCGCUCGCAUCGGCCUGCAAGGGCGGUUCCCCGCACACGCGAAUGAGGGGCGAUUGCGGUACGACACGGUUAACAUGGGCCGGUGCUUGCUUGAUGCUCUGAACUCGUCCGCUCUGCGGGAGGCAAGGGAGAUGCGGCUUGCUGCUGGGGGGAGAGAGGGUGAGGGAGGGGGUGGAGGGGAGGUAGGCACGGGUGGUGCAAGUAACGGGACAGAGGUGGCAAGUGAGGCAGGGAGCAGCACCAGUGGAGGCAGCAGCAGCAGUGAGGAUGAUUAUGGGCUGGGGGAGUUGAGAGGCAAUGUGACUGAGGUGAUGGUGGCGUCCCUUAACGCUGCUCUGGUGCACAACCUCUCAGCAGCAGUGACAGGGAAUGUGAGUGCAGUGAGAGUGACUGUAGGGCACGAUGUCACUCAUGCUGCCAUGGGUGUCCCGCUGCCUCUUACGAAUAAUACCUCUCCAAGUGCUCCGUCUACCGCUUCUCCUGCUGCUGCUGCUUCUCCUGAAGCUGAUGCUUCAAACACAGUCGAAGCUAUGAGUUCGAAUACCAGCAGCACUUCAGACUACCAUGUGCACUUAGUACGCCUGACGAUCGACGAGCAGCAGAACAACGGCGACAAGGCCGGGGUGGAGCGGGCCAUAGUGGACAUAUACACGCUCGCGCUCUUCUCUGACACGCUCAUAAUCUCCGAGGGCUCCACCUUCGGCUACCUCUGCGCCUCCCUCUUCGGCGUGCCCCACACCACCUUUGUGCACCCCACGUGCAAGCGCGCCCCGCCUGACCCAUGCCUGCACUUCCCACCCUCCAACGACCGCUGCCCUGACGGGCAAGCCCAGGUGUUGGAGCAGGUGCUGGCUGCAGACCCUGACGUGCCCCUCAUGCAUUGUGUCGAUACAACAAGAGGAAUAACGCUGAAGCCGCUGGAAGGGUGGGCUUCUUGAGUACCGCAGAUGCCAGAAUAUUACUGUUAAAUUAUAUUUUAUAGGUAUAUAAUUGUAGGCUUGGUAGGUCUUGCUGAAUCCUACUGUAGAGGGUACAACUCCCUCCUUGUAUCCCUCUCUUCUAAUCUCAUACUCUUCUCUCUCGAC